AUGCAUUGGCUCGUCCCACUCAUCCCGGCGGCAGCCCUGCUCUGCCAGCCAGCCUUAGGUGACCCCAAACCAAAGUACAACCCGCUCCCUCCGCUCCGCGAACAAGCCCGCGUCCAGGAUGCGUGGACCGAGGAGCGGAAAGCCGCAAUCCCCGCUCUCCUCAAGAAACACGGCGUUGACGCAUGGCUGAUAAGCCAGCGCGAGUAUGCCGAGGAAACGGUCUUUUGGUCCCUCAAACCAGCAACGACCUUUUCCGCACGGCGCCGCACGACAUGUCUGUUCCUGGCAGAGUCCGCCGCCUCUCUCCCGAAGCAGCCGGGAUGCAUCAUAGGCUGGGUCAGCGACGUCUGGGAGACUCUGAAAGAGCAGCUGGAAGCAGCGAACCCCGCGACCAUCGCCAUCAAUGCGCACCCUGAAAUCGCCUUCGCGAGCGGUCUACAUGCCGGCGAGUACCAAGCCAUGAUCAGCGGUCUCGGCGGUGACUGGACGCGGCGGAUGGUCGUCAAGCCUGAGAUUGCCGUCGAGUACAUCGCGUCUCAGCCAUAUGCGAAGCUGCCGCGGUACAAGGAGAUCAUGGAAACGGCGUGGGCGAUGAUUGCGCGCGCAUUCAGCGAGGAGGUGGUCGUCCCUGGAAAGACCACUACGGAGGACGUGGAGUGGUGGCUUAGGGAAGAGAUCCAGGCGCAUAACUUCUCGACGUGGUUCCAUCCUAGUGUGAGCGUUGUCGAUGAGUCGCUGCCGUGGGUCAUGAAGAUGGAGCGAAGCGUAGAUGCGGGCGUCGGAGGAAGGGUUAUUGAGUAUGGCGAUAUGUUGCACGUCGACUUUGGGCUCACGGCGAUGGGGUUGAACACUGAUACGCAACAUUUGGGAUACGUUUUGCGUCCCGGUGAGAAGGACGUUCCUGAAUCGCUGAAGGAGGGUCUGAAGAAGGGAAAUAGACUGCAGGAUAUUGUGAGGAAGAACAUCGCCGUUGGCAAGACGGGAAACGAGAUGCUCAAGGCCUCUUUGGAGGAGAUGCACAAGGAUGGUAUCCGGGGCCGCGUUUACUCUCAUCCCAUCGGGGACUGGGGACAUGCUGCAGGACCUUUGAUCGGCAUGACCAACAUGCAAGACUACGUCGCAGUUUCGGGCGAACUGGCUGCGGUUCAAAACAUGUGGUUCAGCGUCGAGUUGCUCGUGGAGCACUACGUUCCCGAAAGGAACCAGACGCUUUGGUUUGCCCUUGAGGAGGACGUGUACUGGGCUGGCGAGGAGAAGGGAUGGCAGUGGGUGUACGGCCGUCAGGAAGAGUUCCACCUUGUCAAGACAGCAAAGACGCAAGACGCAACUGAAGAGCUGUAG